CAAGUCUUUCUCAUUGCGGUGUUAAUUGCAUACGACGCAAGAAGGCUACAUAAUCAAACUGAGCGAUAUCUUGUGUUAUCUUUUGAACGCCAGCGUAUUAAACAAUGGAUAAACUCGUGUUUGUGUUCGCAAUUACAGCUUUUAUACUGCAGUCAGUUUACUGUAAAGAAUGCAUUGACGACGUUAAAGUAAAAUGCGAGCUGAUGGUCUCAAUGUUUAGCAUAUGCACUGUCAAUAGUGAACGUGCUGCAAGGGUCUGUCCGAAGACCUGUAACAUGUGUCAUCCUGACGGCAACUGGGCAGAUUGGUCAAGCUGGUCGCGCUGUUCUGUCACGUGUGGCAGCUCCCAGCAGACCCGAACCAGAACGUGCACCAAUCCCCCGCCACCCAACAACGGAACAUCUUGUGAAGGGGCAUCGGAAGAGAAUAAGUCCUGUUUAAACGAGCCAUGUCCGAUUCCGGUUGCUUGGGGACCAUGGAGUGAAUGGGGGACCUGUUCGUCAACGUGUGACGCAGGCAUACAGCACAGGGGCAGGCUGUGUAACAUGCCGUUCUCCAAAAGAAAUAAUGAGAAAUGUGUUGGCGACUCUACAGAAGAGCGAAUAUGUGUGCAACGCGCGUGUGCAGAUGGUGGAUGGUCCAAGUGGAGUUCUUGGAGCACAUGUACUUCUUCAUGCGGUGGCGGGGUUCAUCAGCGGCACCGUGACUGUACCAACCCAGCACCAUCUCCGUAUGGACAACCGUGCAUUGGCCUGAGCGUGGACGUUAUGACGUGUAACAAACAACAAUGUGCUUCAGAUCAUGUCAUAUCGGCGUUCACAGCCAGGGGCAUGUCUGGACGCGGAGACGAACUUGAUGAUCAAUUUAUAUUUCCAACGAUUAUUCUGAAUCUCGGUAACGACUACAAUCCUUACACCGGUGUAUUCACAUGCAGAGUUCCCGGGCUGUAUUUCUUCUCUGUCAAGAUUUCAUGUCCACAAUACUCGUGA